AAAUCACUUUAUUAGUUUAUUUUUGUUGUCUUCAGUCUUGAUUACCUCUGGGUCUCUAACUACUAGUACACACUUAACUCCGUCCUCACUUUUCAUCUUUUCAAAUGAAAUAACAAAACCGAGACUAGACAGGUGCGAAAGGAAAAGUCAUGUCGAUGAAACAAUUGCCUUCGGAAACUAUUAAACUGAUUAGUAGUACUCAGGUCAUUACGUCGGCGUCGUCGGUGGUGAAGGAAUUAAUGGAAAACUCUAUUGACGCCAAUGCUACAAUCAUCGAUAUACGUCUGGACAAUUAUGGGCUGGACAAGAUUGAAAUACGCGACAACGGGGUUGGCAUUCCACACAGUGACGUGCAUGUCAUGUGUUUGCGUAAUUACACUUCCAAAAUAUCCGAAAUAUCCGAUUUAGAUAAAUUGACGUUCUACGGUUUUCGGGGCGAAGCUCUUAGUUCCAUUUGUGCUGUAGCUGAUGUGACUGUUAUUACAAAAUCAGAUUUUGACGAAUAUGCCAAAUCAUUUACCAUGGACAGCAAUGGCCGCGUGAAGAAUAGUUCAAUUUGUCAUCACCAAAAGGGUACAGUCAUCAAAAUAGUAAACCUUUUCAAAAAGUUACCAGUUCGAAAACAGAUUUAUAGUUCAAAGAAACACUGUGUUAAUGAUUUACGAAGGGUAGAAAGUAUUGUUAAAUCAUUAGCAGCUAUUCAACAAAAUAUUCGUGUUUCUUUGGUUCAUAAUAAAUCUGUGUUGUGGCAAAUGACCUCAGCCAUAGAUUUGGUGGUGACAUUUGGUCAAAUAUGGUCAUCAUCUAUGACUAAGUAUGUAAAGCACUUGACGUUUACAAGUGAAGAGGUACAUAUUGAUACAGUUGUACCUGUACAAAAUAUAAACGUGCAAAAUUGUUUUUUUACUACAAAUGUUGCUGAUGCAAUUUAUUUAUAUGUUAACAAAAGACCGGUCAGGGAUAAUAAAAUUGAAAAACUUAUUGUUGGGGAAUUCAAUAACUAUUUUGGACAUUAUUUACCUCCAGGCAAGUACUUGCCAUGUCUUAUAUCUAUAACCAUUCCACCUGAAACUAUUGACAUAAAUUUGGAACCAGAUAAAUCCCGAAUAUUAUUUCACAACCAGGAUAUGAUAUUACUCAAUCUUAAGAACUGCAUUACUAAGUAUUAUUAUAAUGAGAACAUAGAGAACGACCAGUCUAAUAUUAAUAAAGUCCUUGCACAUACAAAUAAUAAAAGAAAAAUACCUUAUGAUUCAGAAGAAGUCCAAGUAAAAAAAUCUCCAGUCUUAAUGUCACAGAUUAAUGAUUCUUUUGCCCCAAAUGCAGAGUCGACUAAAAUUAUUAGCAAUGAUUCAUUUAACUCUGUAUUAAACAAUGACGAGCAUACACAAAUUGUUAAGGACUUAAGCUUAGAAGAUAUUGAUUUUGAAGAGCCAUUCAUAUCAAAGAUAGAUAAAAGUAACAAAAUGUUAUGUUUAGAAAAUAACAAUCUGGAAAGUACUGAUGAUAUUUCAGAAUAUCGCAAAAAGUUAUCUAAUAUUGGAAACACUUCUCCUCUUCAAACUAUUCAAUCGGAUGACGCAAAUGUUAGAAAUUUUAAUGCCGAAGACAUUUCAAUUUCUCAAUGGAGUAAGGGUGAUGUAGUUCUGAAUGGAAAACCAUUGGAGAGUGGAGUGGUGUUAAAAUCUGAUUUCUUGCUUGAAACUUUAGACAAAAACAGCAUGCCAAAAAUGAAUACAGAAACUGUCAUUCAAAAAUAUGAUGAAAAUAUUAUUAUGAACAAUUAUAAUCCAGUACAUACAAAUGAUGAACCCUCAGAAAAUAUUUCAAUAAAUUCAUCAAAUAAUAGUAUGAAGCAAUUAAAACUUGAACAACUUUUCCGUACAGUUUCUGUUCCUGAUGAGCAAGUUCCUGGUCUUAACCAUUUAGUAAAUCGUCCACAGUCAUGGGUGCCUCAACCUAGAUCAAAGAGACCAACAAGAGAUAUUCCUGAUGAAGAUCUUAGUGACACCAUUCGUAGUGUCAGCAGUCAAAUGGGAAACAAAGAGAUGUCUGGAUUUACACUGUUUGCCAGGGAAAUGCGAAUUAAAAUUAUUCAAGAAAAUCCAGGGAUAGAAUUCACAAAAGUUAGCAAAGAACUUGCCAGAUUAUGGGGCAGUUUGAGUGAAGAUGAAAAAUUAAGGUAUAAAAAAUUGUCAAAUGAACAGAAAAAAGUGAUAAUACCCAGUAAAACAAAUGAUGUACCAUUACCGAAAAAAAUAUUUCAAUCUAUCUCUAAGAAUCUUCAAAGGCAUUCUACCCAAAUUAACAUAGAAUUAUCUGAAAUCAAAAGAAAUAUUUUGAAGAAGCCAAAAAUGAUUUCACCAGAAUUUAUGCUUAUUGGUCAAAUCGAGGACACCAAUUGGCUUUGUUGUGUGCGUAAUGAAAUACAAGCUCUAAAUAUUUGUCGUCUUCAAGAAGCUGUAAUUUUUUUCCAGAAAUUGGCUGAUAGUGAGGUACCACUUAAAAUGUUGGACCAUUCAAUUACAACGAACAAAAAGUAUUUGGGUGAAAAAAAUUAUCGCUUUCUGAUGGAUCUGGAUACUUCGUAUGAACCAUCACCUGAUAAAUAUACUAUAACCGAUAAAAGAAUAGUUAAGAAUGGUUUUAAUGUUGUUAUUGUUUUUAAUGACGAUUCUGAAAAUCCUGAUAUAAAUAUCACAGAUGUAGCCCUUCAUAUAUCAUCAUAUGGUGCUGAGGAACUCAAACAACUUUUAGAAUUAAUGCAAUUGGAAAAAGAAAAUAAUCUACAUUGUUGCCGUCCAUUGAAAGUGGUCAACUAUCUCCGGAGUGAAACAGUGAGGCAUUGCAAAACAACCGGACUCCCUAAAACAAAAGAAGAAAUAAAUAACCUAUUGGAGUAUUGGUUCAAAAAUGAGAAGCUAUUCUCGCAUAAUACUUGCGUUCAUUACAAAAACGUUUUUUCACCGAUACACAAUAUUAAUGAGAAAUCAAGAACAUAAAAAUAUUUGUUAUCAUAAUUCUUGGCGUAGUCUGAGUAUAAAGUGUGUAGUAAAUCUAUUGCUUUUAAGUUCUAAUACUAACACCAACAAUUUUUUUUGUUGAAAAUAUUAAAUAAAUGUUUUAAUUGAAUAA